AUGAAUUCCUUAAAAGCAUUAACAGUGAUUUUCAUGCUUUUUUUUUCUUUUGUAACAUUUUCAUCGGGAGAUUUGAUAGAAGAUGUUUGUCGAACGUCUAGUGAUUUUAAAGUUUGUAUCAAUGCUCUUAGAGCGGAUCCUAAGAGCUCUUCUGCUGAUAAAAAAGGUUUAGUACGUAUUCUACUUCAACAAUGUUUAACAAAGGCAAAAAAUAUUUACAAUGAAGUUGCAAAUCUACUAGAGCAAGCAAAAGAACAUGUUCUCAUACAAUGCCUUCAAAUUUGUAAGGAAAAUUAUGAUAGUGCAAUAGAUGUUGCUACAACAGCAAUUAAAGAUUUCGAUGCAAAUGACUUUUUUGGGGCAAAGAUUACUGUUUCUGCUGUUGUAAGUUGUGCAGAUACUUGUGAAGAAUCAUUUACUGAACCACCUAUUAGGACAUCCCCAACAAAAUCAAAAAGUGAAGAUUUGAUGAAUUUUGUUGGUUUAACCUUGAGUUUGGUAAAGCAAUUCAGCAAUUAA